AUGAUAAAGGAUGUACAUGGAAAUGUUUUGUCAGGUGAGGAAGACAUCUUGAGAAGAUGGGAGUAUUUUGAGAAACUUAUGAACGUUGAAAAUACAAGAAGAGAAAGAGGACUGGAGGACGCAGAAGUUGGAAAUCAAUAUGUGCAGGAGAGCAGCAGAGAGGAGGUGAGGCAGGCCAUGAGAAUGAAGAAAGGAGGUAAAGCUGUAGGUCCAGAUAACACCCCAAUAGAAGCAUGGAGGUGCUUGGGAGAGAUGGCAGUGGCUACCCAAACUGUUCAACAUGAUUCCGGGAGGGCGAUGUUUAAAACUGCAACAAUUACAGAGGAAAAGAACGCAAUUAAGAUUUGGGAAAGAGUUUUGAAAGCGAGACUAAGGAUAACAGUAGAAAACUGUGAUGUGCAGCUUGGAUUUAUGCCAAGAAGAAGCACAACAGAUACAAUAUUCACCUUGAGAAUGGUAAUGGAAAAGUUCAUGGAAGGCCAGAGAGGGUUGCAAUGGGUCUUUAUAGACCUACAGAAAGCUUAUGAUAAAGUUCCUAAAGAUUAA